AUGGCACGUGGCAGCCUGUCAAAUGUACUCAAGGACAAAGGAAAAAUAUCUCUACGUCGAAAAAUCGACAUAGCUAGACAGAUUGCCAGCGGAAUGCGAAAGAUCCAUGAACAUCACAUGAUUCAUCGAGAUAUUCGAUCGGAUAAUAUUUUGGUCAAUCAACAAUGUACUUGCAAAAUCGGUGAUAUGGGCAUCGCACGUGUUGUAGACCCAUUCAAUCAACAUACGCGCAUUGGUUGUGAGCCUUUUAUGCCACCAGAAUUUUACACAGGCUCGUACGAUCAAAAACUCGAUAUUUUCACGUUUGGUCUAACCUUGAAUGAACUCUUUACUGAAACGCAACAUGCCUUCCGAUGCUCGAUCAAAGAGAAAAUCGUCUUUCGAGAAGAGAGUCCGAUCUUUCAAGACCUCAUUGCUCGAUGUACAGCUGAUGAUCCGAAACAUCGGCCACCAGCAAUUGAGAUCGAAAAGAUCUUGGAAUUGUAUGCUCAAGGUUUUGAAGCAAUCGUUCUGAAGAAAAAUCUUGAUUAUAUUCGCUUAUCUACUGAAGAAAAAAAUCAAGUUUUCAUCAAAUUCUAUGAAAAAUUCCACAAAUCAGCAACGAUGUUCAUUCGAAAGAAAUUUCCAGCAGAAUUUUUAGAAGGACCCAAGCUUGUAGCUGGUGUGAGAGUUAGAAAGCGUGGUGACGAUAAGCAGCAAAGUGAUUGUUCUAUGCAAUAG